ACAUCUUCAUACAGAUGAGACGCUGACGUAAAUUUUCGGAAACUAAUUAUUUUAUCGAGUUGGUUAAUAGAUUCAGUCGUUGCUUUCAAAUUAAAAUAUAUAAAAAAUAAGGUGAUUUGUGGAAAAUUAUCAGUGAAGUGGAAAAAAACUCUAGAAGUUUUGUAAUAGAAACGUUUUGCGCUGGAAGUGUUAAAUGUGUUUUUGCAAGUGGAAGGAAUAAAGGAAAAUACCGUGGCAGUGGAAAGCAUGGCAGCAUCGCACAUCCUGAGCGCGGUGGAGCCGAGCGUGGGCGGCGGCGGGCGCGGCGGCCGCGAGCGCGAGGUGUCCGUGGCGCUAGACGACCGCGACCUGUGGGUGCGCUUCCAGACGCUCACCAAUGAGAUGAUCGUCACUAAGAAUGGCAGACGCAUGUUCCCGGUGGUGAAGGUGUCGGCGGGCGGGCUGGACCCCACCGCCAUGUACACCGUGCUGCUGGAGUUCGUGCAGGUGGACUCGCACCGCUGGAAGUACGUCAACGGGGAGUGGGUGCCAGGAGGCAAAGCGGAGGUGCCUCCGUCGAACGCCAUCUACAUCCACCCCGAGAGCCCCAACUUCGGCGCGCACUGGAUGAAGGAGCCCAUCUCCUUCGCCAAGGUCAAGCUCACCAACAAAACCAACGGGAAUGGACAGAUAAUGCUAAACUCCUUACACAAAUACGAGCCGCGAGUCCACCUCGUAAAAGUAGGCACGGACCUGCGCCGCAUCAUGACGUACCCGUUCCCGGAGACGCAGUUCAUCGCAGUCACCGCGUACCAGAACGAAGAGGUGACGUCACUGAAGAUCAAGUACAACCCGUUCGCGAAGGCGUUUCUGGACGCGAAGGAGCGGCCCGAGGGGUACUACCAGAGGGACUUUGUCGGGUCCCACUACCCGCAGCAGAGCUCCUCGCCGCAUCAGUACCCGCAGUUCGGCGGUUGGUUCGUGGCAUCUCAGUCCCUGUACGGCGGCAGCAACUCGGCGAGCCGGCGGGCGGCGCCCUACCCGCCGCGGCCGCCCUCCCGCCCUAGGACUCUGUCGCCUCCUUCAACCUACAGCACUUCAGAGCGGACAUCCAGCACUCCCGUCAACGGCACCAGCAGCUACAGCUGGACCGGCGGCAGCGGGUACUGGCAGGGGGGCUCCCCGCAGCCGACCUCGUCCCCCGCGCCCUACCGCACCCCCCCGUACCCUGCCCCUCUGGAGUACACCCCCGCGCCGCCCGCCGCCACCCCCGCGCCCGCCGCCGCCCCCGCGCCUCUCUACCCGCUGCAGUAUGAAGCGCCUGCGCAACAUCACUCGCCGUAUUAUCAGCAUGCGUACGCGCCGUAUGCUCAUCAUGCUAUUGAGGAUAUCUCGUACUGGCCUAAUGGAAUAAACAGCUACGGCUACCAAGCAUCUGAGUACGUGGGCGCUGGCGAAGUCUACGGCAGUGCCGAGGGCAUGCCCUACCCUCCACCGACUCUUGAAGGCGCGGCCAUAGACAACCGGUCGCCCCCGCCCUCAGAACAAUUACACGACAGAGAGUACAAAUACAACACGGAGGAAGAAAGGAGGUCACCGUGCGAAGAGGCCACCGCACCUCCUAGAUCUCCAGCCGAGUGAUAUAGUUUAGCAAAUGCGAUGGUUUUGUUGUCCUAUAAGUAUGAAUAUUUUGUUUGGUUUUGUCAUAUGAGUUGUUUAAGAAGUUAAGUUAAAUUAUGAUUACACCUACUAGGCUGCUGUGGGUAGGAUGUAAAGUGGAUGUAAAUAAAUGUGCCUGUUGUAAAGUUACAGAAUCUUAGUAGUAGUAGGUAGGUAAUAAAAGUAAUUUAUCUAUAGACAUGAGUAACUUCAAUAUCUUUCUCACACUAAAAUAUAUACCGAGGUAGAGGUAUCUCACUAUCUACCUAGCUAAACCCUUACCUUACCCUUACUUAAGCCAAGUGUUUCUUUCAUGAAUAAAGGAGCAGUUAGGAUAAGUACGUAGACUAUACUGCACCUAAAAUAAUAUAUUUCAAGUUUGUCGUAGGUAUUUAUUAAUGUGCCUUGAAGUAACUCGUUAAAGUAAUGAAUCUCCAUUUAGGUAGCCUACGAUAUUUUUUUAUAGAUUUGUACAAACUAUACCUAGUUACAUAUAAGUAUAAGAACUCAAAUUGUAAAGUUACGAGUGUUUAAUGUAAUCUAAAUUAAAAUUUAUAAUAAAUGUGUUUUCUGUUUA